AUAUAACAGAUAAUUUCUAAGCAGAAAGGAGAACAUCAUGGACAAUGCGUGAAUAUACGACAGACUUUGCCCCUUGGUAUCUCAUGAUGUCCUCUAAUAUUUCCAACGGUGGCGGACUGUACGCCUCAGUCGCCUUCGGCGGUGUCGUAGCAAUCCUCGCUUGGAUGAUGUUCUUUUUAUCUGGGAAAGAAUUAAAUGAUAUAUCGACGUGGAGGAUAGUGAAGCUUCUGACAGGGGGGGUGGACAUGAGGGCAAGGCGCAGAGCCACGCAGCAUUUCCGUGUGACUAGAUGCACAUGGAUUGAGGCUUCUACGAAUGAUGAGACGUGUUACCGGAAAUAUCACCUCUCCAUCCUGGACAAGAUGCUGUGCCCCGUCACCAUCAUCAACAUGCACUAUUUUUACGAGGCAACCCUGGAAGCGGCCUCCCUCAAAGCCUCCCUCGGUCGCCUCCUCGCCCUCCACCCCUUCCUCGCGGGCUCUCUCACAGGUUUCCUAAAGGGCGCCUACGUGCAUUGUCCAGGCCAAGGAGUCGAAUUCACGGAGGCAGAAAGCGAUUGGUAA